GCACCCUGUAUGUAUGAAAAUUGCACAAACUAAGUGCAAAUUGUAUGGAUUAAACCAAAAGAUGUACUGCAGCUCAGUUUCAAGUCAGCAGUUCAUAUUACAAUACCUUGAAAAUUCUACAACCGCAUAAAUAUGCUGUUUGUAAGACGCCGAGAACUGCCGAUUUGUUUAUUUAUAAUUUGUGUAGCGACACUUUGUGUGAAACGCGUUACAGAAGCUCUCGUUGCAUAUCCGCGAGGAAGCUCCCAAGGCUACUUGGCAGCGUUGGCCAUGCCGAUUAAUCUACCGAAUCGGAAUGUGUAUAUGGCUUUCAAUUUUGAGGCCAAUUAUGGAUUUCCAACAAAUGACUCCUACUACUACUGGGUGGACCGGUGGAACUUGGAUAAGGAAGAUGUGGGCGUUGGUAAUAAUGUGACGAAUAUUAACAACCUACGUCGAAGCAUCGGGCAAAUCUAUACACGCAACGCUUUCUACCGCAGCAUUGUCGGUUAUCUGGAUUAUUAUGAUAUGAAUGGGACGGGCUGUCUGUUAAGGACAAUUUGCGAUGUGUCCGCUUCCAAUUUGGAUGAACAUAAUGGACUGCUCGGCAGUAUUUUCAAAAUUCUCUUCAUGCCAACGACAUCAGCCCAUGAAAGUGAACAUUCACUCGACAAUGUGGAUACUUACGCAGCUGAGGCGCAUGGACACAGUGGUGAUUGCGCGCAAUAUGGACAAUGGUGUCCGCACGGACUACUUGAGCUGAUAACCGAAUGGUUUUAGCUGAGAUUGCGUCAAGGAAAUACACGAAAAAAUAAUGUAAAUGUCAUUUAAAUUAUGAGUUCGGAAAUAAUUUGUUACUUUUUUGUUAUGC